AUGUCUGUCACCAAAACUACUAUUCUAUUAGCCUCUCUUGCUGCCAUUGCUUCUGCCCAAACUGGUUACGAAGUCGCUGAAUUUAAUGCUAUUCUAGUCGAUGUUCAAGCUCAUUUACAAGAAUAUAUGUCUUUGGCUAUGAACAACCCAGAUUUCACCAUCCCAAGUGGUGUUUUGGAAGUUUACGAACAAUUGACCACUUACACUGAUGAAACUUACACCACUUUGUUCUCAGCCAUUAACUUUGCCCAAGUUACUACCAUUAUGGAACAAUUACCAUGGUACACAACCAGAUUGGAACCAAUCAUCUCCUCUUACAUGGAAGCACACAGUAUUACCGAAACUGAUGGCCCAGCUUCUGCCGCUGCUUCUUCCGCUGCCGCCUCUGCUUCUUCUGCUGCUGCUUCUUCUUCUGCUGCCGCCUCUUCCUCUUCUGCUUCAGCUUCCUCUGCUUCUUCCUCUGCCGCAGCUUCUUCUUCAUCUGCCGCUGCUUCUUCAUCCUCAUCUGCUUCUUCAUCUUCAUCCGCUGCUUCCUCAUCCUCAUCAGCUUCUUCAGCUUCCUCUUCAUCAGCUUCUUCUUCAUCUGCUGCUUCUUCAUCCUCAUCUGCUUCUUCAGCUUCCUCUUCAUCAGCUUCUUCUUCAUCUGCUUCUGCUUCUUCUACCGCUGCUUCCAACGGUACUUCAAGCUCUUCUGCAAACGCUGGUGCCGCUUUGAACAUGGGUAUGUUCUCUGCUGGUAUGGGUGCUGCCAUUGCUGGUGCCGCCGCUUUAUUGUUAUAA